AUGGAAAUUCCAAUAUCGCGGGAUUUGGAUUUGAGUUUUCUGUUUUACUUAUUGCUACUGAUUUCCUUAAGAUUGGUUGUUGAUGGAAAUGUUGAGGUUGUGAUUAUGGAUUCUUCUAAUGCAUCAAAUUCAAAUACCACAAACACUACCUGUGAUUCAUUGCCCUCUUCUUUGGCUAAUCAAACUAAAGAUCCAACAUGGGAAUGGGGUGAACGCCAAGACCCAACAAAUCAAAAUAUAAUUACUUGUUUGUUAUGUAAGAAAUUAAUUCGUGGUGGUGGAAUUACUAGGCUUAAGGAGCAUCUUUUACAUAUUAAAGGGAAUGUUUCUUCAUGUCCAAAUGUGUCCAUUGACAUUAUGAACAAAGUUAGUUUGGUGUAUUCUGUAAAGAGGACCAAAAAAGCUCAUAGGGAUAACAUUGAUUUAGCGUAUCGGCGUGCAAACAACUCAGAUGAAGCCUCUGAUGCUAAUACCGAUGUUGAAGAACAAAAAGUUGAAAUUGGUGGCAAUAUGGGCAGUCGUGGUGCUGGUGCUGGUGUGGGUGCUAGUCAACUAGUUUCUCAGAAUCAAACAAAGAGAAAGAGGAUAAGCCAAAGUAAUAGUAGAGGUCCAAUUGAUUUAUAUAUGAAGACAGACCAUCAGAAAACUCAACAGGUCACUCUUGAAAGAGACUCAGCUGUGAAAGAGAAGUUAAUGAAGACUGCAUGGAAAUGCAUUUCAGCUUGGAUGACUGAGAAUUCAGUAUCAUUUAACACUUUUCGUUGCCCAAGUUUCAAAGAAAUGAUAUAUGCAAUAGGCGACUAUGGCAAAGAUAAGCAGUUGUCAUAUGCUCAGUUGAUUUUAGCUAUAAUACGUGCUUUAAUCUGUUCUUCUUAUCUUUUGCCCCCACCAUCUUACCAUCAGAUUCGUACGAAUCUUUUCAAGGACCGGUUAGUAGAAAUGAAGAAAUUUAUUGAUACAGUUAGGGAACAUUGGAAGAGGUUUGGAUGUUCUAUCAUGUCUGAUGACUGGACAGAUGGGAAAAAAAGACAUCUUAUUAACUUUUUGGUGAAUUGUCCGAAAGGGACAGUUUUUUUGAAGUAUGUGGAUGAGUCAAACAGAACCAAUGAUGCUGAUUUCAUACGUGGGCUUGUAAAGGAGGUAAUUAAUGAUGUUGGGGAAGAAAAUAUAGUUCAGUUCAUUACCGAUAAUGGUUCAAAUUUUAAAAAGGCAGGGAAAGAUUUAAUGCUUGAAUACGCAAAUAUGUUUUGGACUCCUUGUGGUGCUCAUUGUGUUCAGUUGAUGCUAGAAGAACUUGGUGACAAGCUUCCACGAAUCAGGACAACCGUCAUUCUAGAUGAUUAGUGGAUUACAUAUGGAGGAAUCGAUACCCCAAACCUACAAAAAUUUGCAAUAAGGGUAUUGAGUCUUACUUGUUCUGCUUCCCCGUGUGAGCGAAACUGGAGCACAUUUCAGAAUGUAAGUAUUCUAAUCUUGUUGAGUCUUACUUGCA